AGGGGGCACCGGGCCCGCGCGCGCGCGCACGCACGCACGCACGCGGGGGGGCGGGGGCAGGCGCGCGCCCGCCUGUCGCGACAGUCGGGGCCGAGGCCCACGGGGGGGAGGUGGCCUGUGGCAGGUCGCCCGGCUCCCGGAGGCGAGGGGGGCGCGGGCGGAUGGCGGAAGGCGCCCAGCCGCAGCAGCCGUCGUCUCAGCUCGGGCCCGGCGCCGCUGCCCGGGGCAUGAAGCGGGAGUCGGAGCUGGAGCUGCCGGUGUCCGGAGCGGGAGGAGACGGAGCCGAACCCGGCCUGAGCAAGCGGCCGCGCACCGAGGAGGCGGGGGCGGCCGACAGCGGCGGCGGCGGCGGGAUGCAGAACGAGCCUCUGACCCCGGGCUAUCAUGGAUUCCCAGCGCGGGACAGCCAGGGUAACCAGGAGCCAACAACAACUCCUGACGCAAUGGUUCAGCCUUUUACUACCAUCCCGUUUCCACCACCUCCACAGAAUGGAAUUCCCACAGAAUACGGAGUGCCACACACUCAGGACUAUGCCGGCCAGACCAGUGAGCAUAACCUGACCCUCUAUGGCAGUACGCAACCCCAUGGGGAGCAGAGCAGCAAUUCGCCCAGCACCCAGAAUGGCUCUCUCACGCAGACAGAAGGUGGAGCACAGACCGAAGGCCAGCAGUCACAGACACAAAGUAGUGAAAAUUCAGAGAGUAAAUCUACCCCCAAAAGACUGCAUGUCUCCAAUAUUCCUUUCCGCUUCCGGGACCCUGACCUCCGGCAGAUGUUUGGGCAGUUUGGCAAAAUCCUAGAUGUAGAAAUAAUCUUUAAUGAACGUGGCUCUAAGGGAUUCGGGUUCGUAACUUUCGAGAAUAGUGCUGACGCAGACAGGGCCAGGGAGAAAUUACACGGCACCGUGGUAGAGGGCCGUAAAAUUGAGGUGAAUAAUGCCACAGCACGUGUAAUGACCAAUAAGAAGAUGGUCACACCAUAUGCAAAUGGUUGGAAACUAAGCCCAGUAGUUGGAGCUGUCUACGGCCCUGAGUUAUAUGCAGCAUCCAGCUUCCAAGCAGAUGUUUCCCUAGGCAAUGAAGCGGCAGUGCCCCUCUCAGGACGAGGGGGCAUCAACACCUACAUUCCUUUAAUCAUUCCUGGCUUUCCUUACCCAACUGCAGCCACCACGGCAGCCGCUUUCAGAGGAGCUCACCUGAGGGGCCGAGGGCGGACAGUGUAUGGUGCAGUCCGAGCGGUACCCCCAACAGCCAUCCCCGCCUACCCAGGUGUGGUUUACCAGGACGGAUUUUACGGUGCUGACCUCUAUAUAGAAUCUGCAAACUGCUUCAGAUCAAACAGGGUGGAUAUGCAGCCUACAGAUACGCACAGCCUGCUACUGCAACCGCAGCCACAGCCGCUGCAGCCGCCGCCGCUGCUUACAGCGAUGGUUACGGCAGGGUGUACACAGCCGACCCCUACCACGCCCUCGCCCCUGCCGCUAGCUAUGGAGUUGGCGCUGUGGCGAGUUUAUACCGAGGUGGCUACAGCCGAUUUGCCCCCUACUGAAGUGACGUGAGAGACCCCUGCGAGUGGGACAGCCCCCAGUUCAUGAGGCCUGGCUAUUGCAAUAUUUACUAGUAGAGGAACUCUAUAGCAAGAUGAAGAGGAAAAACAAACAACAACAACAAAAAAAAAGAGAAUACUUUUUUAUACCUCACUAUGUUCUUUGAAUAUGUAUUUUUUUCUUUAAAUUUCUGCUUUUAAUUCUUUUGUUCCAAAGAUUGUGCGUUUUUUUCUCUUUUUUUUUAAAACUGUGGUAAAAAAAAAAUAAUAAUGCAUUUCCAUGUCUGUAUGUCCGUGCUUAGCUUAUUCUGUCAAUCACGGAAGAGGAAGUGGAUGAGGAAGGAGAGACAGAUGUUAGGAGCUGAGGAAUGCAACUGAGUGGAAGCCAGAUGGACCAGAGUGGUGCUGGUGCUGGUGCUGGCAGCCAGGGCACCAUCUCUGCACAGCAGCAUCUCCUGGUCUGCUCAGUGUCUGGGUUUUGGCAGGCCGUUCUGAUUGGCUGUGGCUGGAAUCCACCUGCUAAGGGAUAGAAAUGUCCGCUUCCAAAGCAGUGCAUGCAAAAGUGUGCUUUCCUCCUCUCUUCCCUCCCUGUCUCCCUCAUUCUUUUUACAAUCAUCCUACAUACACACCCAGCCUGAGACAGUUGGCAUAGUUUUUGGAAUUCUGGCGUUGAUCUUUCCAAACACGCUCUCAAACUGUGGAUGAUAAACACCUCAUUAGGAAACAGAUCUCACAGUGAACUCUGGAGUAUAAAAAAGAUGACUUGUCUUGCUUUCGGUAAUCCUGGCCUUCCUGCCAGGCUGCUUCCCCUUUAACUGACCCGCGGCUCAGCUCUUCGGUUCUUUUAUUCACGUGCUGCUCCCGUGUCCUCAAGAUUCAGGAAUUUAGGAGCCAGGGACAGGAAGAUAGAGUCAUCCAGGGCCAGAGCCCCCCAACUCUGGCUCUGGAGGUGGAUGUGAGGGCUAGUAGAGUGUUGAACCACUGCAAAGGGCAAGGAGGAGAAAAGGGUGUUAGAUUAAACCGUCCUGCUGCUUUUCUCGC